AUGGUCUACAGGUCGCCCUGGCUGCAGAGGCUGCCGCGCGUUUGCCUGGACCCGGAGCGGGAGAGCGGCUACGCCGUGGGAGAGUGCCUGGUCGCUCUGGAGAGCGACGCCGCGCGCGCCCGUCGGGUGGACGCCGCCCUGAGCCGCAUCUUCUCGGCGAUGGUGGAGCAGCAGGCGUCCUUCGUGCCCGCGGGGCAGGGUGCCCAGGGCGCGCCCGGGCCGCGGUGCAGCUCGUGGUGCCUGGUGCGCUGGCAGCGCAGCGCGGAGGGCGUGAUCCUCCGCGGGCUGGUGCAGGAGACGCUGAGGAAGUCGACCUACGAGGAGGCGCUCGCCCGCGCCAAGGGCCUCUCGGCGGGCAAGGCGGCGCCGCAGAGGCUCCACGUGGUCCCUCUGGACAAGGUGAGGCGCACCAAGCGCAUCGGUGCGCUGGAGUUCGUGGAGGAGGGGCCACUGGGAGACGCGUGCGAGGCCGAUAUCGCGAAUCGUACAACGCGCUCUUGA